AUGUCUCCAAGUAUAGAGCCAAAGUGUGACCACUGUGCAACCGCACAAGCUGUGAUUUACUGCAAAUCUGAUUUGGCUAAAGUUUGCCUAAACUGCGACGUCCAUGUACACUCUGCGAAUCCUCUGUCUCACAGACACACACGCUCUUUGAUCUGCCAGAAAUGCUUCUCACAACCAGCUGUGAUUCGCUGUCUCGACGAUAAGGUAUCGUACUGCCAAGGAUGCCACUGGCAUGCAAGCGAUUGCUCGGUGUUAGGACAUACACUUCAGAGCUUAAAUCCUUUCUCUGGUUGUCCUUCUCCAACAGAUUUUAAUAGAAUGUGGUCUUCAAUUCUUGAACCUUCCUUCUCUGGUUUGGUCAGUCCGUUAGUUGGUUCUUUGCCCUUGAAUGAUCCCAACAAUAAUACAGCGUUUGGAAUGGCGAAAAUCAACGAAUUAGAUGGUUUGAUCGCUUCCUCUUAUUCCUUGGUGUCACACAACAACAUCAGUUACACUCAGAGUUUUAGUGAUCAAUCAUCUUUCUUUUCCGAUGAAUCUAAGGGAUGUCCUGAUUUUGUUCUUGAACUUGAAGAUGAUCUAUGCGAAGAGCUAAACCUGGAUAAUGCGCCGUUAAACUUUGACGUUGGAGAUGAUAUCAUCAGAUUUUCAUCAGAAGAACCAGACCAUAUGGUACCAAAGUGCCUAUUCAGCGACAAGGAUAACACAUCCGUUACCGCCUCGAACUUUACUAUAGACAAGGCUUUAGAGACAACUUCACCAGGACAGCAAGAUUGCACUAACUAUCUGUCAGGUCCGUUUCAAAUGAACAUCAACACUAUUGGACUUCCUCUUCCUCCAUCACCUGUCUUGUUCGGACAAAUCCAUCCGACCAUGUCGCCUACCAUCUCCAACAUCACAGGUGAAAGCAGUGCAGCGGAUUAUAGGAUGUCUCCAGGGUUUAUAAUGAGUGAAGCCCCAUGGGAAUCGAAUCUUGAACUUCCUUGUCCACAAGCAAGGAACCAGGCUAAGUUGAGAUACAAGGAGAAGAGACUAAAGCGCUCGUUUGGGAAACAGAUUCGAUAUGCAUCUCGCAAAGCGAGAGCUGACUCGAGAAAAAGAGUGAAAGGAAGAUUUGUGAAAGCUGGCGACAAUUAUGAUUAUGACCCAUCAUCUCCGCCGAAUAACCAAUGA